ACGUUAUUAAUUCAAUCAGACGUGCACCUGCUAGGAAAUGUGUCGUUAUUGAAAAAGAAGAGUCUGGCGUUAUGCAAAGAACGACGUCAGAUCAGUCAAAGAAAAAAGACAACCUUAGGGUGAACGGAAAUGUUUAAUGUGGUCUCUCAACCUGACUCGACACUUCCGUUGUUACCGAGAAACAUGGCGGAUAAGCGGCGCUCGGGAGUGAUGUCUGACUCAAAACCAGCAACCAAAGCAGAGACGGACCAAGAAUUCUUAUCUCAGGCAGGCGUAGGGGUUUUACUUCGAGGUGCGUUGCUUAAACUCGUAGAAGCUAGAUCGGAAGAUCCUAUUGGUUUCCUAGCCGAACACUUCAGCAAUUUAGCAUCCGAAACGGACAACGGUCCGGUCGGAGUCGGUGAUGGAGAGCAUCACUGCAAUGUCCUAGAGCAGCAGCAGCUAAGCCGAGCCUUAUGGCACAUCGGUUUAGCGCAUCAUUCGCAAAGAUCAGCAUUCAAUAGCAACACACGUGUAGCCUAUGACCUCCUCAUGCAGAAUGGGCCUCGUCGCCGUGGUGCUGGUGGUGUCAAAGGUCGCGUGUACACGGAGCUGCUCCGUGGCUUAUGCAGUGAGGGUGGCCUGUCCGUCACCGCCUCUGCCCCUCUCCUGCAGCGCAUCCACUGCCACGACCACGAGGCCGUGCCCUUUGAGCUCUUCCGGCAGGGCGUGCUGACCUGCGCCGUGUUCACCGACUACAUCCGCAAGUCCCAGUGCCUGUACGCAGCCGUCAGCAGCUCUCCCGAGCGGGCCGCCGACCGGGCGUUGUGUCAGGCCGUGCUGGGGACCCUCCAGGAGGCCCUGGAGACCACCUCGGCCUGGGCCGACGUGGCCCACUACCUGGAGGCCAGCAUGAAGAUCUCACCUGGCAAGCUGGCUCAGGCCAUGGCAGAGGCCCAGGGGCCCGACAGAGCUGGGACAGGCUCCACCAUGGACGCGCAGGAGUUUGAGGACACCGCUGCCAAGCUCUUCCUGGCCAGAGUACGCAUUGUGUCUUAGAGAGUGGACAUCAUUACUUCUCUGAGACACAAAGACUUGCAGCAAGACUUGUAGUGAAAAAGUUGUGGCAUGAUGUAGCACUGCACAAUGUAAGAGACUGCAGGGUAUGGUCUCAAAGAUAAGAAUCUGUUCUGUGCAAUCAAUAUGCAUUUACCUCACAAACACAUGUUUUGUAAACACUGUGUAGGAUGUGAGUUAAUAAUAUAUUUAGGUCUAAACCAUUUACUGAUGUCAGCUUGAUAAAAAGUAUUUAGACUAGGCCUAGAUAACAACUUUAGUAUCUCACAGAUUGUAUGUUACACUGUUCCUGAGUGUGACCUUCCACUGUUUGAUACAACUGGAACUUGAUACUGUGAGAAGGGUGCUUGAACGCAGAACACCCAAGCCAGGAGGUUAAGCAGGGAUCCAGUUGAGGAGAGCAGACUAUCCUGCGAUGGGUCUUAGCAUGCAAUAUUUGAACUUUUUCCAAACCCACUUGGCUCCAAGAGCCUUAUUCUUGUGCUUGUUUGAGAUAAGACUCAGUUGGCUAGGUCGUACAUGACUCAGAUCAGCUUACGCAGAUAUUCAUACACGGAUAUGAAACGGAAAGGUCAUUUUAUGCCUGUUUUAGGGUCUUGGUUUCAGUAAAUGUAUUGUGAUGAUAUUUAUUUUGUUUGUCAAAUUUAUUUUUCAGAAAGCUACAUCAUCAAAAUAUUAUUUCUACUUAGAUGUAAAAAGGUAUUUAUCACCUGAUAUUAAUCAAUAAAUUCAUUAUUUCUUAUGUGUAACAAGAAUCUCAAUAUCUCUGGAAAAGUUUAUUGUCUACAGAAGAUCAAUUUGCACUUUUCUUCUAAAUUGUGCAGUGCUCUCUAAGCCAUUAGUUGAGUGCAGAGCAAAAACUUGAGAUAUCCAGCAGAGGUCACCAUGUAGCAGAAGUAUGAGAGUUAAUAUUCUCAAAAGAGGAAGUGCUUGCAGUGCCUGAGCUGUGGUCUCAGCCACCCAUGUUUCUUCAUGUUUGAUUGCAAUCAUUUAGUUGAAACAGCACUGGUAGCUUUUUUGACAGUGUAAAGGUUUCACCCUUAACCCUUAUGAAAGCGCAAUAUGUCAAGUGUUGGUAAUGAGAGAGAGAAAAUACACAUAU